AUGGCCACCUGUGGAUGGAGAGCCCUGCUUCUCCCGCAGCUGAACAGACAGUCGUUGUACGUGUACGGCAGCGAGGUGGCCGUGGAGCAGGAGUGCAUCCGACAGCUGGAGAGCGGAGUCUUUGUCAUUCACCCUUUCAGCCUCAUGAGGAGUUACUACAUCAUGUGCAUGAUGGCCAUCACAUUUCUGAACCUGAUUGGGAUUCCCAUGGAGAUAGCUUUUCUGGAUGGAAACAGUGGGCUGGCAUGGGAAGGAUUUAACGUGUUUUCAGACACGCUGUUCCUGAUAGACGUGGCUCUGAAUUUCCGGAUGGGCAUCAUAGCAGAGGACGGCGAGGAAGCUAUUCUGGAUAUCAAGCGGAUCCGAGUCAGUUACCUGAGGACAUGGUUCAUACCGGACGUUAUAGCUGCUUUCCCAAUCGGAUACAUUCUGCUGUUUGCGGAUUUACAAUACCACAGUGAGGACAACCCCUCGAAGACCAACAAGAUGAUGAGGAUCCUGAUGUUUGUGCGGAUCCUCAGCUUGAUCCGACUUGCUCGAGUGUCCAGACUCGUCAGGUUCUUCAACGAGGUGGAGAAAGUAUCAAAUGCAAACCUGGAGGUGGUCCGCCUGUUCUUCCGCAUCUUGUCUUUGUUCAUGAUGAUUUUCCUGCUGUGUCACUGGAACGGCUGCAUCCAGUACUUUGUCCCCAUGCUGGAGGAGUUCCCCUCUGAUUGCUGGGUCCGGAAAGAAAACCUGAUGAAUGCCACGGUGAUCGUGAAGUAUUCGUGGGGAGUUUUUCGGGCCCUCUCUCAGAUGAUCGCUCUGUCUUAUGGCUCCAUGGAUGCUCCAACAAAUUAUGUUGAAAUGUGGAUCGUCAUGGUCAGCAUGGUGUCUGGCUGUCUGAUGUACACCGUCCUCGUGGCCAACGCUACAGCCAUGAUCGCCAACAUCGACCCGGCGGCCAAGGAGUACAAGAGCAAGAUGAGCCGUUUGGAGCACUACAUGGCCUUCAUGAAGCUCCCGCCUGAACUGCAGCUUCGCAUCAACAACUACUACCAGGCUCGCUACGGAGGGAAGUGGUUUGAUGAAAAGGACGUCAUAGACACAGUGUCCUCAGCACUUAAAGAGCAAAUCCUGACGGUGAUGUGCAGCCGGCUGCUGAGAAAAGUGCCGAUGUUUCAUAACAGAGACGAAAAUUUCAUCAGUGCUAUCCUCCCCAAACUGGACUACGAGGUCUUCCAGGAGGGAGACGCCAUCAUCCGACAGAACGUCCCGGGCAACCGCAUGUUUUUCAUCGACCACGGUCAGGUCCUCAUGGAGACUGAUUCCUACGAGAGGGAACUGUGUGAUGGAGACUUCUUUGGAGAGACGUGCGUGCUGACCAAAGGCAAACAUCUGGCCACAGUGAAGGCGCUGACCGACUGCCAGUGCUUCUCUCUGUCCUAUGACGACUUUCAGGAGGCGCUGAAGGGCUUCCCAGAUGUCAAGAAGGACUUAGAAAAAAUGGUUCAGCUCAACUCUGAUGGUGGACUCGUGUAAGACCAAAAACAGUACUUGGACUUGUAUGAAAAGGACGGGAGCCACGGAAAUUUCCAGGACAAUUUAUUUUGUAAUACGAUGGACAGUAAGACUGUGGCUGAUUCCUCACAUGGACACGAGUCGGACACUGACGAGAUGGACCGUUUUAGAGCACUGACUCUGACUGGGAAUUAUUCUGCCCUCUGAUCCAUCAGU